GGAGGGGAGGCUUCUUGGCUGGGCUCGCCGGGUCGCCGCCGCUGGAUCCAGCCCGCCGCGCUCGGGCGGAGACUGCCGAAGAGUCCCUCCUCUCCCUUCCUCGUGGCCUCCGGCUCCCCGCUCGCAGCCUCGGCUCCCUUCUUUUCCAUCGCUCCGUCCCGUCUCCGAAUUCGCGCACAUGGAGCUGCUGUGUGUGGAGGGGGUGAUCCGGGCCAAGCGGGAUCCGCAGCUAUUAAGGGACCGGCGGGUCCUGCAGAAUCUGCUCAGCCAGGAAGAGCGCUGCUGCCUUCGCGUUUCCUACUUCCAGUGCGUGCAGAAGGAGAUCCAGCCGUACAUGCGGAAGAUGUUGGCGUUCUGGAUGUUGGAGGUUUGUGAGGAGCAAAAAUGUGAAGAAGAGGUGUUUCCUUUGGCCAUGAAUUAUGUGGAUCGCUACUUGUCCUGUGUCCCCACCCGCAAAAACCACUUGCAACUCCUGGGAGCUGUCUGCAUGCUUUUGGCUUCCAAGUUGCGAGAGACCAUGCCUUUAAGUGUACAGAAACUUUGCAUUUACACAGACAAUUCCAUCACACCAUGUGAAGUUUUGGACUGGGAAUAUUUGGUCUUAGAGAAGCUGAAAUGGGACCUGGUAAUAGUAAUAGCAAAUGAUUUCCUGGAUCACAUUCUCCAUCGGCUGUCGCUUCCUCAACAUAAGGUGCACUUGGUAAAGAAACACGCCCAGACUUUCAUUGCAUUGUGCGCCACAGAGUAUACCUUUGCUAUGUAUCCACCAUCCAUGAUUGCCACAGGUUGCAUUGGAGCAGCAGUCCAUGGCCUCUCUACCUCAUCUGACCAUUUUUCUGGCGAGGCACUUACUGAGCUGCUUGCUAGCAUUACUGGCACAGAGGUGGACUGCUUGAAAGCUUGUCAGGAGCAGAUCGAAGCUGCCUUAGCCGAUAAUCUGAAACGACUAUCUCAGCCUCAGCAAGACUAUAGCUCCUCCAAGAAUGCAACUUACCUGGAGAGCCAGGAAGUCAGCUUGACCAGCACACCUACGGAUGUCACAGAUGUCAACCUGUAACAAGUCCUCUUGGUGACCACCACCCAGUUAUCAGAACGAAAAGGGCCCCUGGAACGUUCUGCCAUCACUGAUUAACUGAGGGAAUUUCCCCAGUAGAUACCAUAUUUCUAAUAAGACUGGGUUGUAGUGGACUUGGUUGGGACUCUUGCAGUAGGACUGUUUGUGUUGCUAGCCUGGGUUUCCAAGGAUCAGGAGAGGCUUUUGGGGUAAUUGAAUCAAACUUAAACUUGGGAAGGAUGAGUGAGCAUAGCAUCAGUUCAAAAGAUUCAUCAGUUUGGGUCGCUUCAUUGGUGGGGCACUGCUGAUAUACUCCUACUUUAUCUCAAUCUUCGCUGCAUGCCUAUUUCAUGUGAGUCAAGAGAGAGAAUGCACUUUUGUUGCCUGAAUCACCUUCAUCUUCCAUAAUGACUUGUUGACAUUCAGCUGAUACUUCCGUGGCUAAAGCUGUUUUGCUCAGGCUGCCAUUUGUGGGCAUUAUAAGAGCCCAAACAAUAUAGAGUUAUAGCACUGGAAUCCCUUUCCAGCUUCACUCAGUGCCAAGGAUGCCUUAAUUCUUUGAACAUCUAGAGUAGCACGAUCUUUGAGCCCUUCAUUUGAGAGUGAGUUUGGGGGGGGGGGGUGCUUGCUUUUUGUAGGUGCUUAUAAAGGGGCUGCUUGUCAUAGUAAAAAUGUGGGGAGGCCUGAAGGGAUACAUUUUACUUGCACCUGGUUGCCUUUGCUUAUUCCUGUGAGAUCUAUGAGCUGCUUUAUUUAUUGUAAGGGUUAAAUCUUGUAAAACUGCAGAAUUAAGGGACAUUAGCAGUCUGGUCUGUCCCAUCUUGCCAUAUAAAAUAGUGCCUUAAUAUUCUUUCCUCAUUCUCCUUCAUACCUCUGGGUUGCUUACUUUGAUUAGCCAUUGUAGAAGUCAUUCACAUUCAGAGUACACCCAACACGUGCUGCUAUACUUGUAUGUAAAAUCCUUCUUGUCUAUACUGCCAAAACCAUUUUAAAAGGCAGGCAGGAGAACUGCAUGCAAAGGAUGUAUGGAGAGGGAGUAAGUAAAAGAGUUUCUAAUGCCAUUUGCUUGCUUUUGUAAGGGGGAUAAAAGAUGAAAAAUGUUCCCCUAAGAGUUUACAAUAUGAUGAGCUACAGACUGCACUGGUGUAGAAAAUUAAAUCCAUGAUGGUUCAGGAAAAAUGUUGGAUUGUUUCCCCCCUAAAUGCUGCUUUUAUGAAAGAUCACUUUAAGAAUAAUUAAGCAUAGGUGAACUUUAGUGAUAGGAGCAAACUUUGCAUUUGAGUUCUAGUGGUAGUUCAUUCUUCAUCCCUCUAGCUUUACAAGAAUAACAGAGUUGGAAGGGACCUUGGAGGUCUUGUAGUCCAACUCCCUGCUUGAGCAGGAAACCCUGU